UACGACUACUAGUACUACUACCACUACUAGUACUAAUACUACUAGUACUACUACUACUACUAGAAUUACUACUAGUACUACUAUUAGUACUAGUAGUACUAAUACUAAUACUACUAGUAACACUACUACUAUUAAUCCUAAUUUUACUAGUACUACUACUAAUACUAGUACUACAACUAAUACUAUUACUACUACUACUACUACUAGUACUAAUAUCAUUAUAACUAAUAAUACUACUACUAAUACUACUAGUACUACUACAAUUACUACUACUAGUACUACUUCUACUAUUAGUACUAAUACUACCACUAAUAGUAUUACUACUAGUAUACUACUACUAAUACUAUUACUACUACUACUUCUAUAUACUACUACUACUACUACUAGUAAUACUACUUCUAUUUCUAGUACUACUACUAAUACUAGUACAACUAGUACUACUACAACUACUACUAAUAAUACUACUACUAAUAUUACUACUACUACUACUACCAGUACUACUACUAGUACUACUACUAAUACUACUACUGAUACUACUACUACUGCUACUACUAGUACUACUACUACUACUAGUAAUACUACUACUAAUACUUCUACUACUACCACCAAUACUACUACUACUAGUACUACUAGUAGUACUACUACUACUACAAGUAUUACUACUACUACUAGUACAAGUAUUACUACUACUAGUACUACCACUAGUACUACUACUACUACUAGUCCUACCAAUACUACUACUACUACUAGUACUACUACUACUACUACUAGUCCUACCAAUACUACUACUACUACUACUAGUACUACUACUACUACUACUAGUCCUACCAAUACUACUACUACUAGUACUACUACUACUAGUACUAUUACUAAUACUACUACUACUACUACGACUACUACUAGUAAUACUAAUAGUACUACCAGUGCUACUACUAAUACUACUAGUACUACUACUACUACUAUUACUACUACUACUAUUCCUACCAAUACUAAUACUACUACUAAUAGUACUAAUAUUAUUACUAGUAUUACUAAUACUACUACUACUACUAGUACUACUAAUAAUAGUACUAAUACUACUACUAAUAAUACUACUACUACUACUAGUACUACUACUACUACUACUACUAAUACUAGUACUACUACUAGUACUACUACUACUAGUACUACUACUACUACUACUACUACUAGUACUACUACUACUACUAGUAAUACUACUACUACUUCUAGUACUACUACUAAUACUAGUACAACUACUACUACUACAACUACUACUAAUAAUACUACUACUAAUAUUACUACUACUACCAGUACUACUACUAGUACUACUACUAAUACUACUAGUACUGAUACUACUACUACUGCUACUACUAGUACUACUACUACUACUAGUAAUACUACUACUACUAAUACUACUACUACUACCACCAAUACUACUACUACUACUACUACAAGUAUUACUACUACUACUACUACAAGUAUUACUACUACUACUACUAGUACUACCACUAGUACUACUACUACUACUAUUACUACUACUACUAGUCCUACCAAUACUACUACUACUACUAGUACUACUACUACUACUAGUCCUACCAAUACUACUACUACUACUACUACUAGUCCUACCAAUACUACUACUACUACUAGUACUACUACUACUAGUACUAUUACUAAUACUACUACUACUACUACUACGACUACUACUAGUAAUACUAAUAGUACUACCAGUGCUACUACUAAUACUACUAGUACUACUACUACUAGUACUUCUACUACUACUAGUAUUAUUACUAAUACUAUUAGUACUACUACUAAUACUACUAUUAAUACAACUACUACCACUACUACUACUACUAGUAUUACUACGACUACUAGUACUACUACCACUACUAGUACUAAUACUACUAGUACUACUACUAAUACUACUAAUACUACUACUACUACUACCACUACUACCACUAGUACUACUACUAGUACUAUUACUACUACUAAUAAUACUACUCCUACUACUAGUACUACUACUAAUACUAAUACUAAUACUACUACUACUAGUACUACUACUACUAGUACUACUCGUACUAGUACUACUCGUACUACUACUACUAAUAGUACUACUACUACUACUACUAGUAAUACUACUACUACUAAUAGUACUAAUACUACUACUGCUACUAAUAAUAGUACUACUACUGCUACUAGUACUACUACUACCACUACUACUACUACUACUAGUACUACUACUAGUACUACUACUACUACUAGUACUACUUCUACUACUAGUACUACUACUACUAGUACUACUACUACUCCUAGUAAUAUUACUACUAAUACUACUAAUACUACUACUAGUACUACUAUUACUACUAGUACUACUACUACUACUAGUACUACUACUACUAAUACUACUACUAAUACUAUACUACUACUACUU